UGGUUGUAAUUUUAUGGCAAUAUGACGUCAUUUUGACUAUGCGUGGUCUCGUUCUUUUUUCAGCGAAAUGGCCGACGGCUUCGUGAAGGUGCGGAUAAUAGACGCCAAGGACCACCUCUUGGGUCGUCUGGCAGCAUUGAUCGCUAAGAAUUUAUUAAAUGGCCAGAAAAUAGUUGUUGUGCGAUGUGAGAGCAUUCUUAUAUCUGGUAACUUCUACCGUAACAAGCUCAAGUAUCUUGACUUUCUUCGCAAGAGGAUAAGAACCAACCCAAAGAGAGGUCCCUUCCAUUUCAGAGCUCCUUCCAAGAUCCUAUGGAGAACUGUACGUGGUAUGUUACCUCAUAAACUCAAAAGAGGUGCAGAAGCUCUUGAUAGGUUGAAGGUAUUUGAAGGGGUGCCUCCACCUUAUGAUAAGAAAAAGCGAAUGGUUGUUCCAUCAUGCAUGAAAGUUGUCAAGCUCAAGCCAAAGAGAAAGUUUGCUCUCUUGUCUCGACUCUCAAGUGAAGUUGGCUGGAAAUACAACGACGUCAUUCAAGCGCUAGAAGAGAAAAGAAAGGCAAAGUCCAAGCUAUACUGGGAUAAAAAGCAAUCCAACUUGAAAAUCCGUAAAGAAGCAAUCGCUAACGUUCAAGACCAGAUUGCUGAUUUGGACAAACAAAUACAGGAUAUGGGUUGCUAUGCUGUAUGAUUUGUUUCAAUAAAAUAACAACCAACAAAA